AAGAAAAUUUAUUUUUGGAUUGGAUCCGAGGGGAAAUGUGGAUGAGUAGCCGUUUAUGCGGUCUGAACUUCCAGGAUCUGAUGGUGCGUCAGGGAGCCAUCGAUGCUCCUCCAAAGUGUCCUUUCAUCCUGGGAUUCGAGUGCGCCGGUGAAGUUGAGCAAGUUGGUGAAGGAGUUGAAGGUUUCUCGAUCGGCGAUAAGGUUGUGGCAUUGCCGGAAUUCAAGGCAUGGGCCGAGCUCGUGGCGGUGCCUUCCAAAUAUGUGUUCAAAAUGCCGCCAGGUAUGACCCCGUUGCAGGCGGCAGCCAUGACCAUGAAUUACACCGUCGCAUACAUCCUGCUCUUCGAAAUGGCCGGUCUUUCGCAAGGCAAGAGUCUGCUCGUCCAUUCAGCCGGAGGCGGCGUGGUAAGUACACAUUCGCAUACUACAGACUACAUAGCAUAA